AUGUCUGAGAUCAUUGGAUCGCAAGCUUCGGGUUCGCUAUCCUCUCUAUCUAUUCACGCUUCGUUCAUCACCGAGACUGACUGUGUUUGUCCAGGUCAUCCGAACCUCAAUCUGACCCCCGAAGAGAAGCGAGUCUAUGCGCAGCUUCUGAAAGAAGCUGAUCCUGAUGGGUUUGGAGCUGUCUCUGGCGAUGUCGCCGUAAAAUUCUUCGAGCGGACGAAGCUUCCUCCCGAUGUCCUUGGCCAAAUCUGGCAAAUUGCCGACACAGAGAAUCGAGGCUUUUUGACCCCGGCCGGUUUCGGUGUUGUCCUGCGACUUAUAGGCCACGCUCAAAAUGGAAGGCCUCCUUCAGCCAGUAUUGCGACCCAGCCUGCCCCGUUGCCUCGUUUUGAUCCUAUCCCCGGCGAAAUACAACCACAGUCCCAACUUCCGGCGGCUCCCCCACCGAUCGCUCAGCAGUCAACUGGGCCUCCAGCAAGCCCUUCUCCAGCAGGACCUCCUCCCAUUCGAGUACCCGCACUCAACCCCGACAAAGUCACCACUUACUCCUCGCUCUUCGAGAAGUCAGGAGCUGAAAAUGGCUUCUUGUCGGGUUUGACUGCAAAGCAGAUAUUUGAGCGGGCAGGUUUGCCUAAUGACGUGCUUGGACGAAUCUGGGGGCUUUCAGAUACACAAGGCAGAGGUAUGCUGGACGUAACCGAAUUCGUGAUUGCUAUGCAUUUGCUCGCGUCUUACAAGUCCGGCCAAAUGCGUGGUGUCCCAAGCACAUUACCUCCUGGCCUAUAUGAGGCUGCGACUCGGCGACCUCCAGUUCGAGCCGGAAGUGGCUCGCGACCGGGCUCGAGUGCUGUUCCCAACCUUCCUCCUCAAUUUACGGGAUUCAAUCACAGACCCCAAAGUCCCAUUACUAGGCAACAAGUUAGCACUCCACUUUCCGCACAAUCAACGGGAGAAUCGUGGCUGGUUUCUCCAGCCGAUAAGGCCCGUUUCGACUCGAUAUUUGCCACGAUCGAUCGCCAAGGCCGAGGAUUUAUCACAGGUGAGCAGGCUGUCGAGUUUUUCGGGAACGCACGAUUGCCAGAAGAAGUGCUCGCUCAAAUCUGGGAUUUGGCCGACAUGAAUUCGGAAGGACAAUUGAACAAGGAUGAAUUUGCGGUUGCUAUGUACUUGAUUCGGCAGCAAAGAGGAACCAAGGAUGGCCGAGGUGUUCUUCCAAACACAUUACCCCUGGCUCUCAUCCCUCCAAGCAUGCGGAAACAAGUUCUUCCCCCCUCUCAGCCAACGGCUCCAGCCUUUGAGAAUGCGCCCAUCACUAAACCUCGUUCUGCUGCUGAUGAUCUAUUUGGCCUCGAUGCAUUUGGUACUCCUCCGACCACUGCUCCCCAGGUCCCUCAGUCGACAGGAGGGACCGAUGCUGGCCCUUUUGCCAACCCUCCUUCAGCUAUCUCACCGCAGACAACCUCGACGACCUUCAAGCCAUUCAUACCUUCAAGUUCAUUUGGCCAGAGCAUGAUUCCCCAGUCAACAGGAUCACCUGGCCCCUCCCAAGCCCGACCACCUCCUCCGGCAGAUGAUCUACUUGGAGAUGCUGAUCCUGAGAUUAAUUCCAAGCUCACCAACGAAACCAGUGAAUUAGGGAAUCUCUCGAAUCAGAUUGGCAGCCUGUCGAAGCAGAUGACAGAAUUUCAGGGCACAAGGAAGCAAACUGAUCAAGAGCUUUCCCACACCAUCAACCAGAAACGGGCCUUCGAAGGACGCUUGGCUCAACUAAGAGCACUUUAUGAGAAAGAAGUCAAAGAAGUCAGAGCUUUACAAGAACAGCUUACGGCGUCGAAGACUGAGACUAAGAGACUGCAAGCAGAUAUGGCUAUGAUCGAUGGCACUCACCAAGACCUUUCCACACAGCACCAGCAACUACGAGCCGCAUUGGAAGCCGACCAAAGGGAAAAUGCUGCACUGAAGGAGCGCAUCCGGCAGUCGAAUCAGGAAAUUGACCAGCUCAGGCCGCAGUUGGAGAAACUAAAGUCCGAUGCAAGACAACAAAAAGGUUUAGUGGCCAUCAACAAGAAGCAAUUAGCUACUAAUGAAACGGAGCGAGAUAGAAUAAAGGCGGAAAUCGCGGCUGCACAAAAACAAGUGGAAGAUGCAGCACGCGAAGCAGAAGACCCUCCCGCUGUCGUAAGCCCUGCUCCUUCGGCCAGUUCAAACCCCUUUUUCCGCAGGACAACAGAUACCACUUUUUCCCCACCAGCAGCUUCUCCAGAGCCGAGCAACAACCAAAGCGCCUUUGAUAGUAUCUUUGGCCCAUCAUUCGCCACGGGAGGGCCAGCGCCUGAAACGUCUUUCUCAAGCACACCUCCAUCUAGUAGUUCUCCCAGUUUGCCUCGCAUUGAAUCUCCUGGUCUUUCUACGUCUAGCACUUCGGCUGAACCGCCCGCACCUCCACAAUCUCGUCAGAUCACCUCGGCAUCCCUUCCCUUCCGCUUACCCCUGGAAAGAGAAGACUCCAUCAGCUCAUCCGUGAAGGUUGCAGCACCUGUCAGUCGAUUGAGCCCAGCGGACACACCACGUGCUCUUACUCCGGGGACAAGUACCCCAAGUCCUCCUGCACCACGUAGCUCCACCGAUCCCUUUGCAACGGCUGCAGGCCCGGAUGAAGAGCAGGAAUCUAUUAGGAGAACCUUGCCUCAGGCAUCAGCUUCCAGGGAAUCCUUGGAGGGCAGCUUCGGAAAACCUUCAGCGCCAGUCGGUGGCAUCCCUGGUGCAUUCCCAGCGGGUUCACGUUCAGACACUCCAUCGCAGGGAGUUCCCAAUGCCGCGGUCAUUGCUGGUUCUGGUGCUGUUGCUAGUGCUGCUACUCUGGCGGCCGGUACUGGGCUUGCUGCAGCCACGACAAAUGGAUCGGAACAGGCAGACAAAGAUUCUCCAGGAAAAGGAAAAGCUGCGGAAUCAAACUUUGAUGAUUUCUUCGGAGGCCCUCCUCAUCAACGGACUACCUCCCAACAAGUUGCAGACUUCGACUCGGCAUUUGCGGAUUUUGGAAAACCACGAUCGACGAAUGGCACUCAAGAUGCUGCAGCUAAAGAGUUCCCCGAUAUCCAAGAGGUUGCUGGGGACGAUGAUUCGGAUAGCGACUACAGCGACGAGCCCCUAAAGUUCGACGAUGACUUCAACCAGAAGUCCCCGCCGCGUGAUUUGCCAUCCGAGUCCAAAAGUCUAGGCAAGCAACCAGAGGGACAAACGGUUCCCGCUAACCUCUCUCUACCACGCCCUCCUUUGGAUACUACGGCUUCUGCAGCAAGCUCGUUGCCCGGAGCCGACCAGCAAAAGUCACCACCGACCUAUGGUGAUACUGUCUCAGAAGACAAUCCUACUCACUUUCCUCGCGAAUACAAAGGCUUACUCCCAGAAAGAGAGGAUCCAACUUCUCCACCAGCCGGCGGGGAGACCAUUGUGACUGCCCCACCAGCGGGGAAUGGAGAGCCACCUUCAUAUGGACCGGAAGCACACCCUAGAAGCCCUUCUGGGCCUUCCGCUCCUGCUCCUUUCCCACCACCCAAGACAGCUCCAUUUGAUUUUGAUUCAGCCUUCGCCGAUGUUGGGGCGGCCCCUAUAGUUGAUGAUGACGAUGAUUCUGAGGACGAUGCACAGGUCUUUGGCCCUGUUAGAAAUCUGGCCGACUUCGAUCCAACCUUCGACUCGCCACCUCAAUCCCGCUCCUCGGCCGCACCACAGCACUCUGCAAAUGAUUCGGUGGCCAAUGGAACCAGCUCAUCAAAAGCUACUACAAGUGACCCUUUCAAAGCAAAUGGGACAGCUUCAGCAUUUGGUUCCCAACCUGCUCCUGUCACCGGUUCGCAUGAUUGGGACGCACUGUUUGCACCUUUGAAUACGACUGGCGGCGAAGCGACUGGACCCACGACAUCAGGGUUCGAUGCACUAAAUACGCCUCCAGAAGCAGCUGCAGCUGCAGCUACUCCUUCUGUUACAGUAGCGGAGCCGUCGUCGCCCCAUGCUCCCACGUCUCCCGCUUCUGCUGCGACGCCGGCAAGUCCGAGUAACAAGCUUAACCGCCCUCAGCCUGGGCGUGCUUUGAGCACUGGGACCGAACAUGAUGAUCCAAUUCUCAAGAGACUGACAGCGAUGGGAUGGAGCCGUGAUGAGAGCUUGAAGGCUUUGGAGCAGUUCGAUUAUAACAUUGACAAAGCAGCUGACUACCUGACAUUCCGAUCCUAA